UGUAAUCAUCCAUGGAGACUCGACCACGACCACCACGGUCUUCAAUGUCCUCCAUAACAUCCCGUCUCAACUCCUUCGUCGACAAUAGCCCAAUUGGAAAACGAUUCAAACUCACCCAAAGAGGUUCCACUUUCACAACCGAGCUUCGUGCCGGCACAGCCACCUUCCUAACCAUGGCCUACAUCCUAGCAGUCAACGCUAGUAUCCUCACCGACUCUGGUGGAACCUGCACCGUUUCCGACUGUAUCCCCCUCUGCAGCGAUAGUUCCAUCUCUAUCUCCAACUGCUCCGCCGCCAAUCUCACCGUAAUCCAACCCGACGAGUCAUGCAAGUUCGACCCAGUCAACCCAGGUUACACAGCCUGUCUCGACCGAGUUCGACGAGAUCUCAUCGUCGCCACCGUAGCUUCCUCACUCAUCGGUUGUGUAAUCAUGGGUGCCUUCGCUAACCUGCCCUUAGCUUUAGCUCCUGGUAUGGGUACCAACGCUUACUUCGCCUACUCCGUCGUCGGAUUCCACGGCUCCGGCAACGUCUCUUAUAGAUCCGCUUUAGCGGCAGUCUUCAUUGAAGGACUAAUUUUUCUCCUUAUUUCUGCAAUCGGGUUAAGAACCAGACUCGCUAAACUCGUCCCCAAACCCAUCCGAAUCUCCUCCUCUGCCGGAAUCGGUCUCUUCCUCGCUUUCAUUGGUCUUCAAAGUAGCCAAGGCCUUGGCCUCGUCAGUUAUAACUCUGCUACACUUGUUACACUCGGUGCUUGCCCCGUUAAGUCACAAGCUUCAGUCGCUCCAGUAAUAACGUAUCCAAACGGCACCGUUAGUCUAUUACCGGGUGGAACCGUAUCCGGUGGCAUUCUCUGCUUACAUAACAAGAUGGAAAGCCCAACUUUCUGGCUUGGCGCAUUGGGGUUCGUUAUAAUCGCUUAUUGCCUUGUGAAGAACAUCAAAGGAGCGAUGAUAUAUGGUAUAGUAUUUGUAACGGCGGUUUCAUGGUUCCGUCACACCCAAGUCACCGUGUUCCCCGAUACUGACUCGGGCAACUCGUCUUACCAAUACUUCAAGAAAGUUAUUGACGUUCAUACCAUCAAGAACACGGCAGGUGCGUUAAGCUUUAAGGGUAUAAAUACAGGGUCAUUUUGGGAGUCUUUGGUUACAUUUUUAUACGUAGAUAUACUCGAUACGACAGGAACGCUUUACUCGAUGGCCCGGUUUGCCGGGUUCGUUGACUCGAACGGUGAUUUCGAGGGUCAGUAUUUUGCUUUCAUAUCAGAUGCGACGUCGAUAGUGGUUGGAUCGUUAUUGGGGACUUCACCGGUGACGGCGUUUAUAGAGUCGUCGACGGGGAUAAAGGAAGGUGGAAGGACGGGGUUGACGGCGUUAACGGUGGCGGGGUUUUUUUUCUUGUCGUUCUUUUUUACGCCGUUGUUGGCUUCGAUACCAGCGUGGGCAGUAGGACCACCGUUGAUUUUGGUUGGAGUGUUGAUGAUGAAAUCAGUGGUGGAGAUUGAAUGGAAUGAUAUGAGAGAGGCGAUACCAGCGUUUGUUACGAUGAUGCUGAUGCCUAUGACUUAUUCGAUUGCGUAUGGGUUGGUUGGUGGGAUUGGAACUUAUAUUGUUUUGCAUUUGUGGGAUUGGGGAGUUGGGUUUUUGGUGAUGUAUGGGAUUAUUGGGAAUAGAGUGGAGAAGAAUAAGGUAGAUGAGUCAAAUCGGUUUGAUCUUCAAGAUGGGGAGAGGAAGCCAUCAUCUGAACUUCAAUUAGCAGUUUAAUUCUUGGGCAUCAUCUAACUCAAAAU